AUGGCCGCAAUUCGCCAGCUUAUUGGCCUGACCAAUCGGGCACAGCCGACGCGAUCAAGACUUAUUCCCAUUUCUGCUCCAUUUAUCCAACGCUCACAUAUUCAAAGCAAAAUCUUACCUUACUCAGUUCAGAUACGUCGUAAUUUCUCGAAUCAAGGCCAAAAAGAGAAAGGAUUAUUCAGUAAAGUUUUCGAUAAUAUCAAAGAAGGUUUUGCGAAAAAUAAAGAAUUACAGGAAAACAUAAAAAAAUUCCGAGAAGAGGCUGCUAAAUUGGAACAAUCUGAAGCAUAUAAAAAGAUUUCUGAUGCAACAGAAGAUCUGGGAUCUGGCGCUGCUGACCGGAAAGCUAAAUUAGGAACGUUUCUUAGCAAAUUCAGAACAUCUGCUGGCAAGCUGUACGAGGAUGUUUCUUCUAGUGAUUUCGUUAAGAAAGGAAAAGAAGUCUCUGAAGAUUUGUCAAAUGUUGCAUCGGAAGCUGCUAAGAAGGUUUCUGAUUCUAGUAAAUCAGUAGGCGAAACGCAAACCUUUAAGACUUUUUCAGAGGGUGUAAAAACUAUAAAAGAAGAUUUAUUUGAGGAGGGCUUAAACAGAGCGCAACCGUAUCGAUCACCAGCUAAUAUCAUUGGAUAUUACUUUAUAGAAAAAUUACAUAAACGUACGGAAUCUGAUCUACAAAGUAAAAUGAAAGAUGAGCAACAAAUACAGGAAGACACAGACACUACUGGCGUUGUUCUACAUAAAGAUUCUAGGUGGUAUCAGCAAUGGAAGCAGUUUAAAGAUAAUAAUCCUGUCGUUAACGGUCUGUUUAACCUAAAAAUGAAGUAUGAUGAAAGUGACAAUGUCGUCAUUAGAGCUACACGAGUUGUAACAGAUAGAUUAUCGGAUGCCUUUAGUGGCAUUUUUUCACCAUCGGAAAUGUCUCAAACGUUAGCCGAAAUAUCAAAAAUUGAUCCUAACUUUAGCAAAGAAAAAUUUCUUUUACAUUUCCAACAUCGAAUUAUGCCCUCUGUAUUAGAAGCUUUUCUAAGAGGCGAUUUACCUAUUCUUAAAGAUUGGUGCCACGAAUCGGCUUAUAGCGUUUUGGAGGCUAGAAUAAAGCAGUUGACUGGAAUGGGCCGAAAACUAGAUUUUAAAGUACUAGAUGUCAGAGAUAUAGAUAUUGCGAUGGCAAAAAUUAUGGAACAAGGACCUGUAUUAGUGAUGACCUUCCAGGCGCAGCAAAUUCUAGUUUUACGAGAUAGCUCAGGUAAAGUUGUUGAAGGAGAUGAGAAUCAUAUUGAAAAUGUUCAGUAUGUUUGGGCGAUGUGUAGAGAUCAAUCAAUCUAUGAUGCCCAUUCAGCAUGGAGAGUAUUAGAAUUUGCUAUGCAAGCAUCUUCUUCGUGGUUGAAAACCGUAUAUAAAGGCUAUGUGCGCCGCGCCUAG